CAUGGAGAAGCCCCGGCGGCCCGUGGUGGUGACGGGAUUCGGCCCGUUCGGAGAGCAUUCAGUGAACGCCAGCUGGAUAGCCGUUCAGGAGCUGGAGAAGCUGGGCCUGGGCGACGAUGUGGACCUGUACGUCUAUGAAUUCCCCGUGGAGUACCAGGCGGUGCAGAGGCUGAUUCCUGCCCUGUGGAAGAAACACAGUCCCCAACUGGUGGUUCACGUUGGCUUGUCCGGCAUGGCCACAACGGUGACGCUGGAGAAAUGCGGCCACAACGUGGGCUACCGGGGCUUGGACAACUGCCGCUUCUGCCCAGGUUCGCACUGCUGCGUGGAAGGAGGGCCCGAAUGCCUCGACUCAGUUAUUGACAUGGACCAGGUGUGCAAAAGGGUCUCCGACCUGGACUUGGACGUCCUCGUGACGAUAUCCAAGGACGCCGGCAGGUAUCUCUGUGACUUCACGUACUACACUUCCUUGUACGAGAGCCACGGCCGGUCGGCCUUCGUCCAUGUGCCUCCGCUGGGGAAGCCGUACAGCGCGCAGCAGCUGGGCCGGGCGCUGCAAGCCAUCAUUGAGGAGAUGCUCAAUGUCUUGGAACACUCGGAGAGCAACAUUAACUGCCACAACGAGCAUUGAGCCUGGGCCAGAGACACCCCCCUUUUCUUCCUCACUGUUGCACUUCUCAAUCGUCCCACCAUCCUUGCAGAAUCCUGGGGGGGG